AUCUUCUUGGAGGAGGCCAAACGAUAUAUUGCAGAGAAGAUAGAAGAAGCAAACAAGAAAUUAGAAAUGGAAACCAUUGAUGAAAAUCGCCAGAGGAAGCUUAAAUUUAAGGACAAUUUGGUUGAUUUGGAAGUUCCACCAUUAGAUUUUCCAGACAACGAUGGAACUGAAAGUCUCACUGAAGACGAUGUAGUAGGUGGCAUAACACAAUUGCAUCUUAAUGAUACCCCAGCCAAAGAAGAGUUGAAUGCUGAAGAAAAUGAAAACAUUGAAGAAGGAGCAAAAGAUGGGAAAAUUUUGAUUGAGAAAGAUGGAAAGUUUGAACUGGUCAGUUUAAAGGACAUUGAGAACCAGUGUUCUCUACCACCUAUCGGUAACAUUAUGGUUAAGGAGCUGUCAAAAUCUCCAUCGCCAUCUAUGCAGUCAACUAGAUUUGGUGCAUUGCAAAAUGGAGACGAUUUAGAUCACAAGAAAAAAGUCGCUAAUGUAAAUAACUUUGUCCCUCAACCUCCUGGUGGGCCUAAAGCCCGACCUAGCUCUGCUAGUCAUUCAUUGAAAUCUCUACACAGAGUGAAGCCAUCGCGUAGAGCCCAGUCUGCAAUUUUAUCAACCAGAAACACAACAUUCAGCCUUUCCUCAGAGCAAAAGGAGCUACAGAAGAGGAUUCAAGAGAGGCAAGAGAGACUUAGGAGAGAGGAAGAAGACCGGAAAAAGGUGGCAGAAGAAAUGAAACGGAGAGAAAACGAAAUGGCAUUUAAAUUUUGGUUACAGAAGAAGAAUGAACAGCUAAUGCAAGAAAAAAGGAUCCUGCAUGCAAAGGAGCUGGAAAAAAGCAGCAUAUCUGAUAAAGAUAAAGAAGGGUCAGAUGAAGCUUUUGGUACUUGGCUGAGGAGGAAACAUAGAGACCAACUUAAAGAAAAGAAGAUGGAGGAACUAAGACAACAGGAGACUGCUGCUUUCCUGGAAGAAAGUAAAGACAGUGGGCCAAAUCCACAGACAUGCAUUUUCCGAAGAGCAACUUAUGCACAGUGGGUAAAGCAGAAGAGAAUACAAAAACGCGUUGAACAACAAGCUGCUAAAGAAAGAUCUAGAAGACUUUUGCUGGAAGCCCGAAGAAGCAAGCAGAUACAUAAUUUGUUGUACAAUAUUUCUGACUCCAGAUCGUCCCGCUACAUUGAUCCCUACAGCUAAAAUUACAUUCUGUUUCAGUAUUCAAAAACAAUAAAAAAAUA